CGUUCAUGUGCUGCUCUUCCGGUGUCGUUUCCUGUGUUUGUAAACUGAGCUGAGUUCCAAUAGAAGAGCGACAUUGUGCACUACUAAGGAAAGACAUCGGUUCCAGAUGAUAGAGGCUAAUGAGAGUUUUUGUGUGACACACUGUCUGGACUGACGUCUCAUUCGCACACUUCUCUCCCACCCUGUCCAUAGCCAUGUCACACAUACCCGGGAGCGCCGUCCGUGACCAUAUGAAAUGGGCAGGGCUUUUAGGAUGUGAAGCAGUGCUGUCCAGCAUGGCUCUGAUGCAAGCCAGCUCAAUGGCAGUUCCGAAGAAAAUGAUGUCACCGCUGGGUCCAGCGGCGGGCCACGGUUCAGCCCAGAGAGAUCCGCAGGACCGAGUGACACAAGGACACAUGGUCUUACCGACAGGCAUGACCUGCCCUCCACUGCUUCUGCGGAAGGAGGGUGAUUUUCCAGCCCCGCGACUGCUGGAAGAGAAGGAAAUGAGAACCAACGAGGACAUGCAUCUGAAGAAAAAGAACCGGAAGUCAGGAACACCUUGCAAAGUGAGAGAGCAGGACGGGCAAGCAGGGAAGGCGAUUGUGGAUGAAAAUGGAAAUUGUCCACUUUCAAAAGUACAGAAGAACUUCAUUUGUGAUCACUGUUACGGAGCCUUCAGGAGUGGGUACCACCUAAAGAGACACAUUCUCAUCCAUACUGGGGAAAAACCAUUUGCUUGUGCUGUAUGUGACAUGAGAUUUAUACAGCGUUAUCACUUGGAACGACACAGCCUCACUCACACUGGGGUGAAGCCGUAUGCUUGUUCCAUGUGUGACAUGCGGUUUUUCCAACGUUACCACUUGGAGAGGCACAGCCUCACUCACACUGGGGUCAAACCGUAUGCUUGCACCAUGUGUGAAAUGCGUUUUUUCCAAAGAUACCACCUUCAGCGACACAGCCUCAUUCAUACGGGGGUGAAGCCGUAUGCUUGCUCUAUGUGUGACAGGCGUUUUUUCCAACGUUACCACCUGCAGAGACACAGCCUCACUCAUACGGGAGUGAAGCCGUAUGCUUGUCCCUUGUGUGACAUGAGGUUUUUUCAGCGUUACCACCUGCAGAGACACAGCCUCACCCAUACGGGGGUGAAGCCAUUUGCUUGCACAAUGUGUGAUAUGAGGUUUUUCCAACGCUACCAUCUGCAGAGACACAGCAUCACCCAUACGGGAGUGAAGCCGUAUGCUUGUUCCAUGUGUGACAUGCGUUUUUUCCACCGUUACCAUCUGCAGAGACACAGCCUCACACAUACUGGAGUCAAGCCGUACGCUUGUUCGAUGUGUGACAUGCGGUUUUUUCAACGUUAUCACCUGCAGAGACACAGCCUCACUCAUACGGGAGUGAAGCCGUAUGCUUGUUCCAUGUGUGACAUGAGGUUUUUCCAACGGUACCACUUGGAAAGACACAGCCUGAUUCAUACUGGCGAGAAGCCAUUUGCAUGUGACAUGUGUGACAUGCGCUUCAUUCAGAGGUAUCAUCUGGAGCGACACAAGCGCGUUCACAGCGGAGAGAAGCCCUAUCAGUGUGAACACUGUCAACAGAACUUCUCACGGACAGACAGACUGUUGAGGCACCGGCGGUUGUGUCAGGGUCGAGGUGUGGCUAAAGUUGAAGCUCAGCCAUGCUCUUUCCCCCAGGAGCCUCCCCCAGCCCCACCUUCCACCUGGAGCCCCCUACACCCUGCCCCGGGGCGACUCGCUGUCUGACACUACCCUGCCAAGACAGGCCCAUUGUAGACAGCACAUUCAGACCUCUCUCAUCGGCACAUUGGUGCCACCUGCUGACAGAGAGACGCUCUACAGAAAAGAUGACAAACAUUCUUUCUUAUCAGUUCCUUCGUUUGAAAAAACAAGAGGUCCUCCCUUGAUUAAUGAUAGGAAUGUGAUAUGUUUUUGGAUAGAUUAUGGAAUUAGAAGGGGUUUUGUGGUACUUUUAAGAAGUGGGGAACAAAAUUCAUGCCUGAAGAUACUGUUUGAAGAAACAUGACUAACUUGGAAAUUUCAUGCUACCAACCAUCUAAACAAAAGUGAUUUUUGUGUGAGGGAACAGCCCAUCAUUUAUUGAUAUGGUUUGGCGAUUAUUAACAGACAACUAUUGAUACACAUUCUGUUUUAGCUAAACACCAUUAUGUUGUUAAAUCUGCAUAAUAUGUGAUGUAUAGGCCUGCUGUUAAGUGCUACGGUUUAGUAUCCUACUGUGCUGAGGACUCAGGUAACAUCCUACUACCAUUAUGAAAUCUGUUUGUAAAACUCUACUUGUCCUUGUGGAAUUCAUACAUUAAACAUUCACAGGUGUUUUUAAUGAUAAAUAUUUGCUCUGGUAUUGUAACUCUGUAUGAAUUUGACAAAUGUGUAUAUAACAACCCCUUCUCCUCUAUUGCUAAUUGUCAUGAGCUGGUGGAAAUUAUAUUAUCAGUUGAGUUCAGUUUACAGGAAGUGCACCUGUCUCUGGCAUCACUCUUAUCUCAAGAAACGUUCAAAAAAUAUGUCUCAUCAAAUCGAAAAAAUCUUAAUGGUUUAAAAAUAGGCUACUUUGUUUAACAAAAAUAUUUGUCCAUUUAUUUUGUUUUAUUUUUAUUUUGUGGUGAAAUAUGUGGAUUCACUGAACUGUUGGUUAUGCAUUCUUUUUAUACAUAUUCAUGGUAAAUGGCAUGAUGAAACAUCCAGAAGACCCACAAUAUAAUGUACAGAUUUAUAUGUGCAACAUACGGUGUACUGUAUGUGGCCUUAGAAUGUGUUUUUGUGGGGUUUUUUUUUUUUUACUUUAUUUUUACGUUAGUUAUGAAAUAUACCAUUAUAAUGUUAGCAAAAUAUUGACAAACAGACUUCCUUUUUGCUUAUUGUAAAGGUUAUUGUAACUUUAUAUGGCCUUGUGUACAAGCACAGCUGUGUAAAAUAUCUCUACGAUAUAGAUGGGGUUUUGUUGAUAACCAUAAUUACCAGUAGCAUGAGAUGACAGAAUUUGUACCAGGAUCAAGUUGUGGUUUUGAGUGCAUUACAGCAGGAUUUCUAAUGGGUUCUUUUUAGUAAUUAUUACUGUGGUGCCCUCCUAGAUCAGUGGUUUUUCAGAAACUUCUUGUCCUAUGCAGAGGUUUACUCUAAUGCAUGUCUGCAUUCUCAAUGCCUUCAGAAUACACGGGCCACUGAUGUUAUUUGUUGCUCCAAAUAAUUUUAUUAGAUCUGUCAAUUAUUAACAUCUCAUCCUAUUGUUGACAGUUUGACAAGUCUCUUGUGUACUUUUUGGUACCGAUGGACAUACUUGUGUCUAAAUUGCUGAUUAUCAUUUGUAGGAAAGUCCACUGUUUAGUGACACGAGAUUGCUGCAUUUCUAUGUAAUUUGUUUUUUUUUUUCUUAAUGUUAUAUGUAUGAUUAUAUAACUCAAUUUAUUACAACUUUUUAGUUCCAUAGCAACAUGCUUGUGUAUUUUAAUGAUCUUUUUUUAUUCUAAUGAAUAUAAUUAAUAAUAAUUUUAAAACACUGGAGAUAAGUGUGGAAAAUUAUAUUCUAUAGACACAUUAGGAUCUUAUCAGUUUGUAUUUAACAUAACGUAGUACUCUGUCAUGCAUGAAUUUUUCAGAUAUAUAAAACUUUUAUUUGCUUUUUCUUCAGCCAGAAACUUGUAUGCAAAAGAACAAGUUUUGUUAAAUGUAAAAAUAGGCUUAAAUUGUUUCUUUAAAAAUGCACCAAAAAAAAAAAAAAAACAUUAGCUGUGAUACAAUUCAUUUCCAUUGUGUGGAGAUAAGAGAGGGUCUUCCUUUAUGCAUUAAUUACUAAAUAAAGUGCAUUUUCAUGUUUUGCUU